AUGGUUCAAUCCGCCGUUCUCGGUUUCCCCCGUAUGGGUCGGGUCCGUGACCUGAAGAAGGCCACUGAGGCCUACUGGGGUGGCAAGUCCACUCGUGAUGAGCUCCUCGCUGAGGGCAAGCGUCUCCGUGCUGAGCACUGGGCUCUGAUCAAGAAGGCUGGUGUCGACUCUAUCCCCAGCAACGACUUUGCCUUCUACGACCAGGUUCUCGACCACAUCCAGCUCUUCGGCGUUGUCCCUGAGCGUUACUCCAAGUACAAGCUCCACCCCCUCGACGAGUACUUCGCCAUGGGUCGUGGUCUCCAGAAGGAGGGCGUUGAUGUCCCCGCCCUGGAGAUGGUCAAGUGGUUCGACUCCAACUACCACUACGUCAAGCCUACCCUGCAGGACAACCAGGUCUUCACCCUCGCUGCUGAGCCCAAGCCCGUCGCCGAUUUCCUUGAGGCCAAGGCUCAGGGUAUCAUCACCCGCCCCGUCAUUCUGGGUCCCGUCUCCUUCCUCACUCUCGGAAAGGCCGACCGUGGCCAGUCCGUCGACCCCAUUGACAAGCUGAACGACCUCCUGCCCCUCUACGUUGACCUUCUCGCCCAGCUGAAGGCUGCCGGUGCCGAGGAUGUCCAGAUUGAUGAGCCCGUCCUCGUCUUCGACCUGGCCCCCAAGUCCAAGGCUGCCUUCAAGCCCGCCUAUGAGGUCCUCGGCAACCUGGGUGACAAGGCUCCCCGUCUGACCCUUACCACCUACUUCGGUGACAUUGUCCACAACAUCGAUGUUCUCUCUUCCCUCCAGAACCUGCACGCCAUCCACGUCGACCUUGUCCGCAACCCCGAGCAGCUCGACGCCGUCGUUGCUGCCCUUGGCCCCAAGCAGACCCUGUCCGCCGGUGUUGUCGACGGUCGUAACAUCUGGAAGACCAACUUCAAGAACGCUAUUGAGAAGGUCGAGGCCGCCAUCCAGAAGCUCGGCCAGGACCGCGUUGUCGUUGCCACCUCCAGCUCCCUCCUCCACACUCCCCACACUCUCGAGUCCGAGAAGAAGCUCGACCCUGAGAUCCGUGACUGGUUCAGCUUCGCUGUUGAGAAGCUGACUGAGGUUGCUGUCAUUGCCAAGGCCGUCACCCAGGGCCCCGCCUCCGUCAGCGCUGAGCUCGAGGCCAACGCUAAGUCCAUGCACUCCCGUGCCACCUCUUCCCGCACCAACGACCCCGCUGUCAAGGCUCGCCAGGCUGCCGUCACCCCCGAGAUGCACAACCGCAACUCUCCCUUCGCCACCCGUAUUGCCGAGCAGAACAAGACCAUCAAGCUCCCCCUCUUCCCCACCACCACCAUCGGUUCCUUCCCCCAGACCCAGAACAUCCGUGUUACCCGUAACAAGUUCACCAAGGGUGAGAUCACCGCUGAGGAGUACGAGAAGUUCAUCGAGCAGGAGAUCCGUGACGUCGUCAAGUUGCAGGAGGACCUUGACCUUGACGUUCUCGUCCACGGUGAGCCCGAGCGUAACGACAUGGUUCAGUACUUCGGUGAGCGCCUCAACGGCUAUGCCUUCACCACCAUGGCCUGGGUCCAGUCCUACGGUUCCCGCUGCGUCCGCCCUCCCAUCGUUGUCGGUGACAUCUCUCGUCCCGCUCCUAUGACCGUUAAGGAGUCCAAGUUCGCUGUCUCCAUCUCCUCCAAGCCCAUGAAGGGCAUGCUCACUGGUCCCAUCACCUGCCUGCGGUGGUCCUUCCCCCGUGAUGACGUUCACCAGUCCGUCCAGGCUCAGCAGCUCGCUCUCGCUCUCCGUGACGAGGUUGCUGACCUCGAGGCUGCCGGUGUUGCCGUCAUCCAGGUCGACGAGCCCGCCCUCCGUGAGGGUCUGCCCCUCCGCAAGGGCGUUGAGCGCGAUGCCUACGUGAAGUGGGCCGUCGAUGCCUUCAAGCUCUCCACUGCUGUUGCCCGCGAUGAGACUCAGAUCCACUCUCACUUCUGCUACUCUGAGUUCCAGGACUUCUUCCACGCCAUUGCUGCCCUUGACACCGAUGUCCUCUCCAUCGAGAACAGCAAGUCUGAUGCCAAGCUCCUCAAGGUCUUCAUCGACGAGAAGUUCGGUGCUCAGAUCGGACCCGGUGUCUUCGAUAUCCACUCUCCCCGUGUCCCCAGCGAGCAGGAGAUGAAGGACCGCAUCGAGGAGAUGCUCCAGUUCCUCCGCCCCGAGCAGCUUUGGAUUAACCCGGACUGUGGCCUCAAGACUCGAAAGGAAAACGAGGCUUUCGGUCAGCUGAAGUCUAUGGUUGCCGCCGCCAAGUUCUACCGUGCGAAGUUCGCCCAGUAA